AUGACUAGGAUGAAUGAGAUGGAUCAAGAAGCACAUUUUGCAAAGAAGUUUACUAAUAUGAAAUGUCAAAGGGUAAAGGUAGACGAUUCCUCUCCUCCUGCAUUAGAAGAUGAAGCAAUUGAAGUACAGCACUUACUUGCGGAACCUAAAACUGAUCAUUUUUCAGUAGAUGGUGUAUUAUGUUUGGGCAAGGAGAAUUCAUCAAAAUGCUCAGAGAUAGAUGGUUUUUCAUAUGGAUUUGAUGGUGGCAUGAAAAGAAAUAUUGGCGGGCUGCAUCCUAAUAUUACUCAAGGACCAGAUGACUUGGAUCUUGGAGUUCUUGAUGGAUUCCUGGAUGAAGUUGAUGAGGUGGAUGAUAUUCAUGCAGCUAAUGAUUUCUCUGGGGCAUAUGAAGAUUUUAUUUUGGAUAUCGAAUUAGCUGAGAAGGUGUCUUACCUAGAUUAUGCUCCACGUGAAGGAUCACGGUUAAGAAACUCAAGUUCAGAAAGUCAAUCCCCUGGAUGCAGUGGAAUUAGUAAUGGUGCUGUUGGGAUGUCAGAAUCGUCAACAGCAACUCUUCCAGAAUCUGAAAGCAAAAAUGGUUGGCAUCAGAAGACAGUCAAAUGUAAAUUACGGCGCUCUUCUGUUGACAAAUGGGAUAGUCAAGAACCAGCUGAGGAUAGUGUGUGCCCCACUUCAGAUGAUCUAGAGGAUCUUGGUGGGUUGGAUGAUGAUGCAAUGCCUUUGAUAAGUCUUGUAUCUGGUAAGAAUGCAAAGAAGGUUGUUCAAGCUGCCAAAGUUGGCACGUCACUCAGACAGAAGAGGUUGCGGAAGCCUACAAAGAGGUACAUUGAAGAAUUUUCAGAGCUCAAGUCAAAACAUGAGAUGGAAAGACAAAACAAUUUGUCUGCCACUUCAAAGGAUAAACGCCCAAAGAUCAGAUCUCAUAAUGAACUUCAUUGUGAGGGAGCAUUGACACAUACUCCCAAGGAGGAUUCUUCUACCGAGAAUUUUAUUCAAGCAACAUCUAAAGGUACUGUAGAUCCUUCACAUCUAAGAUCAAAGCCUGUCUCUGCAAGACAAACAAAUUCUUCAGUUAUUUCAAAUGGUAGACGCUGGAGUAUUAAAUCCCAGAAUGAACCUCAUCAAAUGAGAGCAGUGAAAUCUGCUCCAAAGGAGUUGUCUUUUACUGGACCUAGUGCUCAAGCAUCAUUUGAAUCUCGACCACGGAGGGGGCGUCCAAAGAAACCCUUGCCUCUUUCGUUUCUUGAAUCUGAAGAUGAUGAAUCUGAAGAUGACCGUGUUAAGAAAAGAAGAUAUAAGAAGAGCAAUGACAGAAGGAAGCAUCAAAGAAUGUGGACGACUCCUGAGGUGAUGAAGUUGAUUGAUGGUAUUGCUCAGUAUGGAACUGGAAGGUGGACUGAUAUAAAGAAGCUCAUGUUCUCAUCGACUGCUUAUCGAACUCCAAUAGAUCUGAGGGACAAAUGGCGGAAUCUCUUAAGAGCUAGCGGUGCGCAGAAACGAAAAUCAAACAAGAAAGAGGUUGAGGAAAAGCUAAAGGAUGUGGUGCGAUCAUUACCAAGUUCUGUGUUUCGCCGUGUCCGUGAGCUGGCUUCCCUUCAUCCAUAUCCAAGGUUUAGUCCUGGUGGGAGAUACAUUCGUAGGAAGAAGAAUUGA